AUGGCAGCUACAGACCUGAGUAGCGAACCGUCGUCUCUAGGAGCCGGCAGCGAGCCCGAGAUAAUCGAAGGCUACGACGAGCAAGUUCCCACAGCCAGCCAUGCCCUCGCCGAAGAAAGCAUCCAGACCGGCGGCGAGGCCGAGAGCAAAGGCGCCAGCCAGCUCGAGCAUGACGAGGUCGAGGUGAAGAACAUUGGAUGGAACAAGAAUGCACAGUUUGUUCCGCAGCCGGUGGUUGGCGGCCUAAGAAACGAAGAGCUAUGGACCUUGAUCCGGCGGUUCAACCAGCAGAUUUUCGAGGUGCGGCGCAUCGAGGAUACUCCUCUGGCUGAUCUGGAUAUGAACAUUGCCGACGACGAUGCAUUUUCUCCAGACAAGCUACGGGCGACGCUGGAGCGCUUCUACAUGACGGUCGUUGUGCCACUCGUCUCGCUGUGGAAGCACAUCGUACGCCUUCGUUCAUGGCGAGAGUGGAAGAGAACGGCAUCCUUCCUGGCCGUAUAUAGCGUUGCCUGGCUCUUGGACCUGCUGGUGCCCACGGUCCUCGUGUUUCUCAUGGUGUUGAUUGCCUAUCCGCCGGCGAGGGCUUACUGCUUCCCUCCAGUACCGCCGUCAAUUGUCGAUUCAAAGACGGGAGGCGUGCAAAAACCGCCGGCCGGAGUCCUUGCUUCCGAUACUUCUGUGACGGGCGCGCCAGAGAAACACGAGGGCGAAGGCGUUGAGCAGGAGGCCCACAGCUUCGUCAACAGUAUUGCUUCUGUGGUCGUUGCCACGAGUGCAGGCAAGAACCCUCAGGGCGAUCCUCACGACGACAACACGGCACCGGACCCGACAAACCUCACCGACGACAUCGCCAAAGCCAAGGCUGCCACCGACGGAAAGCCAACGGAUACGGUGCACGACAAGACUAAGAAGCCCGUCUCUAGCAUGGUCUGGACCAAGACCGGGCUUCUGAUGCACAUGCUUUCGGACUUCAUCGAUACCUGGGAGCGGUUUGGAAACGCCCUCAGCCCGACACCGCCGUUCCCUGUCGAGAAGCCGAGAAUGACGCUGGCCGCCUGUCUCUUGCCUGCCUUGUUGCUAUCUCUCUAUGUGUCCUCGUACAUGCUGCUCAAGGGCAUCGGCUUUGGCGUUGGGUUCGUCCUCUUUGGCGACCCUAUCAUCACGCCAGCUCUGCAGUUUGUCAACCGGACAUAUCCCCGAUGGGAAAAGUUCAUCGAGCUGCGAAACACGAUCCUGCGAGGCAUUCCGACAAACGCUCAGGUGACAAUCACCCUGUUACGCAUCGGCGAGAGGAACAAGACGCCCAUUCCUCCGCCUCCUUCGUCUGACGCGCCUCCGGCAGAGAAGAUCAACCCUGAAGCUGCCCAGCAGGUAGAUGCUCUAGGUGUUACGGAUCACGAGGCGAGGGAAGCGCUGCGACCCGACAUGGACCACGGACAAGCAGAAGUCAAGGACGACGACGCUCAGCAGCGGAAGCCCAAACGGUCUCACCGCAUCCUCAACCUACUCAAGGGCACCACCAAGGGCGGCGUCCACACGGCCCUCACUGCCGAUAGAGCCAAAGCUGCCGUUGGUGCCAAAGACGCACGGAAUCGUCUGGGCGUGGUCGACAAAGGAUCCGGCGACGACUACAUGGCCGGCCCCGUCUGCUUCCCUGCGCGGUAUCACGGUAAAAAGGGCCAUGCGUACAUUACGGCAACGGCUACCAGUCCUGCGUUGAGCUGGACCUCGGACAUUGAGGAUGUGAAUCCAGCGUGGACAGUUGCCAUUGAACACAUUGUCCAGCUGAAGAAGGUUGGAGGCCUGGGAUGGAAGAGCAAGAUCCUCGUGGGAUGGGCCAUGGGGAGAGAAGUCGUGGAUGGAUUGGUGGUGCGGACAAAGGACGGAAAGGAGUAUCAUCUCACAGCCAUCAUCAUGCGCGACGAGCUGUUUAACCGGCUGAUUGCCAUGGGGCACCAGAUGUGGGAAGCGUGUUGA